CAGCAAAGGCAUUUUUAUUUGCCAAAGAAAUUUUACGGGUGAGAUUUUGAGCAAAUUUGCUAUGUCAAACUGCAGGCCAGUUAGUACUCCUUCUAUGUCAGGAGUUAAAUACAAAGCCAUUGAUGGUUCAACAAAUGUUGAUGAAGGGGUAUAUAGAAGUAUGAUUGGCAGCCUUCUAUAUUUAUCUGCUACCAGACCUGAUAUAAUGCAUGUUGUUAGUUUGCUUUCAAGGUUUAUGCAUUCACCUACUGAAGUUCAUCUCAAGGGUGUUAAAAGAAUAUUCAGAUAUUUGAAGGCAACUGCUAGUUUUGGUGUUUUCUAUCCUAGAGCUGAGAAAAUUAAGUUACUUGGCUUUUGUGACAGUGAUUGGGCAGGAUCUGAGGAUGAUAUGAAAAGCACCACUGGUUUUUGUUUCACUCUCGGAUCAGGUGUUAUAAGCUGGUGUUCUCAAAAGCAAGUUGCACUUGCACAAUCCACUGCAGAAGCUGAAUAUAUAGCUGCUACAACUGCUGUGGAUCAGGCUAUUUGGUUAAGGAAAUUGUUGGUUGAUGUUCAUCAUGCUCAAUCCAAUCCUACUGAAAUGUUGUGUGAUAGCAAAGCUGCAGUUGCUAUUGCUAAAAAUCCAGUCUUUCAUGGAAAGACAAAACAUUUUAAAUUGAAAUAUCAUAUUGUUAGAGUUGUAGAAAAUGAUGGUGAUAUUGUUAUGGUGCACUGUUCCUCUGAAGAAAAUGUUGCUGAUAUUUUCACUAAGGGCUUACAGAAGAUCAGAUUUGAAGCUCUUAGAAACAAGCUUGGCGUUUGCAGUUUGGAUGCCAAGGAGGAGUGUUGAAUGAAGUUCAGAUUUUUGUAGUUUUCGAAGUACUGUGCCAUCACAUGCUGCAACAAUUCAAUGUUUGAUUUUUUGAUGUAAUUUGACCUUUGGUUAGGUAGCUUUUUGUUAACCUUCUGUCAGUAUAGACACUUGAGUAGGGGGCUAAAAUUAAGC